AUACUGGCGGAAGGGGAAGGGGGGCAGGCGCGGUGGGGAAGAUGGCGUACCAGAGUCUCCGGCUGGAGUACCUGCAGAUCCCGCCGGUCAGCCGCGCCUACACUACCGCCUGCGUCCUCACCACCGCGGCCGUGGUGAGCAGCUGUGGCGCCACGUCCUCCUUUUUCAGCAGUUGGAAUUGAUCACACCUUUUCAGUUAUACUUCAACCCUGAACUAAUUUUUAAACAUUUUCAAAUAUGGAGGCUAAUCACCAAUUUCUUAUUUUUUGGUCCAGUUGGAUUCAAUUUUUUGUUUAACAUGAUUUUUCUAUACCGUUACUGUCGAAUGCUAGAAGAAGGCUCUUUCCGAGGCCGGACAGCAGACUUUGUAUUUAUGUUCCUUUUUGGUGGAUUUUUAAUGACUCUUUUUGGUUUGUUUGUGAGCUUAGUUUUUUUAGGCCAAGCCUUUACAAUAAUGCUGGUCUACGUGUGGAGCCGAAGGAAUCCAUAUGUCCGCAUGAACUUCUUUGGUCUUCUAAACUUCCAGGCCCCCUUUCUGCCCUGGGUGCUCAUGGGGUUUUCCUUAUUAUUGGGGAACUCAAUUAUUGUGGACCUUCUGGGUAUUGCAGUUGGGCACAUAUAUUUUUUCUUGGAAGAUAUAUUUCCCAAUCAGCCUGGUGGGAUAAGAAUUCUGAAAACACCUUCUAUUUUGAGGACUAUUUUUGAUACACCAGAUGAGGAUCCCAAUUACAACCCACUACCUGAAGAGCGGCCAGGAGGCUUCGCCUGGGGUGAGGGGCAGCGCCUUGGAGGGUAAUGCAGCUGUCCCGGUUAUGAGGCCCAUCUGAGAAGGACUCAGUGAAAUGCCCAUUGGGAUUCUUUCAUCCCUUGUUGCAAAAGUGUGGACACUUUUGAUAGCGUGACAGAUUUUAACUCCAGAAGCACUUUACGGAAUGGUACACUGACUAACACAGAAGACAUUUCCAGCAGUUUGCCAGGGGUUCCUCACUAUGCUGGUACUAAAAGUAUAACCUCUUGGAGCCAAAAAAAAAAAAAAAAACAAAAAACAAAAAAACGGAGAAACAGACACCCUGCUGCCUCUAACAAGUACGUGGGUACUUGAGCUCUGUGGCGUAAGACAGGGUGUUUCCUCCUCUUCAUUGAUAGACAAGGCCGUGGUGUAAAUGGAAGUUUCAGAGAGGACAAAAUAAAACUGAAUUCCAUCUCUCUCGCACUGUAUUUAAGCUUCGUGUGAUCUUUUAAAUCAUGGUAAUGUGUUCUAGCUUUCCUGCGUAGGUGUGAACGCAGCGGUUUCCGUGUCUGUCCUCGUGUCUCCACUGCUUUCCACUGGAUUUGAUUUCAAGAUUGGAAUUAUACAGCUGCUGCGUACUCUGACUAGUUCAAAGUGGUAGCCUCGGUAGGAGGAAAAUGGGUUUCUGCCAUUCAGAUGGUUCUCUGCCUGAAAACCACAGAAGAGAGGAGGGAGGGUGAUUUCUUGUAGCAGAGGACUCUGUAGGCAAGUCAGCUGUAAACAAAAAGCAACUGUGACCUCUCUUUUAGCUGGAAUUUCUCCACUAAGAAAUGCCCAAGUUAGUAAUGGCCACCCUUUGUCAAAGCACAGGCAUAUGAAUGGGCAGCAGUUGGGCAUGUGUUCCUCUUGUCAUUCAUUUCAAGAAGAGCUCAAAACCUUUGCAGAGCCAGGUGCCUGGUUCACCUUCCCAGGAGGUCAGGUAGGAAUCAGGGUAUUUGGAAGCAACCACACUGAUGAUUCACUGAAUGCUUGUCAAAGAUAGUACAUCUUGUUUUACAUUUGUGCUGCUUUAUCAGAACCGAGAACGAUGAUCUCAGAUAGUUUUCAUAAACAUCGGAUAGGCACAGGACUCCCCAGACUGGAUCACUCUAUUUUGGCUGAGUUGCUUUCCAGAAUGAGCUCUUUCUCAGAGGUUGGCAUAGACUUAAAUAAGCUAUAGUAAAUAUUAUUAUAGGUGAACAUUUUUAGGCCGUCUUUGAGAUGGAAAGCAUUUUACCAACUUAAGUGGAAUAUACAUAGGGAAUUAAAUGAGUACUGGCAUGUUACAUGUUGCUAAUAAAUAACUGAAGAGGAUUUUAUGGACCAUGUUUUAAUGCGACUGCUUUUCUCUUGUUUAAAAAUCUCUUAAGUUUAAUGACAAUCUUAGAUUGUAUGAACCUCAUGGAAUUCUUAAGUUUAAUCAUUGUUUCUGUUCAAGAUAGCUUUAUUGGUUGGUAACUUUUAGGAAUUUAUUUUUAUGAUUAUUGCUUGCUUUUGAGCCAGAAAUGAGUUUCUUUAGGUUUUAUUUAUUGUCCCGGAGCUAAUUUUAAAUGUAGCUACUUAGUGGAAUUUUUUGUGGUAAAGAUUUAAUUCUAAAAUCUCUUCACCAGCUGUUCAUUUAAGUAGUGAAAACCUGUACAUAUUACUGACUGGGCAAAACAAGAAAUGCAUUUUAAGUAGUGAAUACCUGUACAUAUUAAUGACUGGAUAAAACAGGAGAUGCAUUUUGGAUGCAUAGCCUAAAGCAGUCUGAUGUUUAGGAUGUCAAUUCCUAGUGGCAAAAUACCACACCGUGCUCCACACUGUGCCCUGGGAGUGCCAAUUUCAGUCACUUGGCCUCUUAGUAGUUUGGCCAGUCCCACAUUUGUCCCUGGCCCUGUGUAGUUUGACAGGAUCUCUGUGCUUACCUGGAUACAAGGAAAAGUCCUCAUUUCCCAAGCAAACCUCUUGAUUCUGAUUCUUCUAAAACAUACUUCCUUUUUGUAAAGUGAGUCAACAGAAAAGUAAGAUUGGAUUAUGAGAUUCUGUGACUGGUUAAGUGUACAUGAGUACAGUUUUGAGACAUUUCCUGGAUUGUACCAGAAAUAACUGAAAAGCACACCUAAAGCAUAGGGGUUUUGUUUUGUUGUUAUAGAAUUACAAUAUAUGUUCAUUUAAAGAUGAAUGGACAUGCCAUUGCAUCUCCAUAGGAGAUACAUUUUAUAUACUUUGGUGUGUUUUUUUCACUAUGAAUUUUUACUUGUUUCUUCCACUUCUUUUUCUGUCAUCCUUCUGUGCCCUUGUGUCUUUUAUAUUUCUUUUGUACUUGUGUGAGGCUAAAA